AUGGCCUCCAAGCAAGCACACAAGCGCCUUACCCGCGAGUACAAACUCAUUGUGGAGAAUCCGCCGCAGUUCAUCGAGGCUCGCCCGAAUGAGGACAACAUACUUGAGUGGCACUACAUUCUCCUGGGCCCACCGGACACACCAUACGACGGCGGCCAGUACCAUGGCACGCUUACGUUCACGAGCGAGUAUCCGUUCAAGCCGCCGGCCAUUCGCAUGAUCACGCCGCUGGGCCGCUUCAAGACAAACUCGCGAUUGUGCCUCUCAAUGAGCGACUAUCACCCAGACCAGUGGAACCCGGCGUGGUCGGUGGCCACGAUUCUCACGGGGAUGUUGAGCUUCAUGACCGGCAACGAGUCAACUACGGGAUCCAUUGCCACAAGUGACGCGCACAAGAAGCAGUUGGCGGUCGAGUCUAAGGUGUGGAACGUUGCGGAGAAUAGCCGGUUUGUGAAGCACUUCCCCGAGGUAGUGGAGGCGAAUAAGCGCGAGUUGGCUGCGCCGCCAAAAAAAAAGCCGCUUUUGCGUGAGGAAGCGAACCAGAUGGAUCUCGCGAGACUCGAGGCGGAAACGGUUGUGGAGAAUGCAACGUUGCUCGAUCCAGAGGACCGUGCGCGCGCCAUGGCCACGAAGGUCGUGACGACCCGAAACGGGGGAAGGAGUGUGUUCGUGUACUGCGCCGUGGCCGCGAUCGUGGUGGCACUCGUCAAGCAGGUGAUAAUGAAGUAG